AUGAGUACAUCAAAGAGAGAGGUGAAAGAUGUAACAGUACCUCGUGCAACAGGUGUGAUGCGCACGCAGCACCGAGGGCAACGUUUUGGUGGCCCUUGCAACUCGAAUGUGGCCUUUACGGCCAUUCCGCGACCGAAUGCGGAGCCCUGGCUUUCUACCUCCAAUGCGCCGAAUCUCAACUCAAAUUUAUUUCCAUUACAAAUUAGAGUGGCACCAUCAUUUCAUCGCCUCGGUACCUGUGACGACCUUCGUCCUAAUGUGUCCUCUGUCCUCCGGCAGUCAUCAUCCUUGCCAGAGCCAGGCGAAAGGGAUGGUCCUUUCGCCGGCGGCCAAAUCCAGCCAUUUCGGGACAACUGCAAUUAUCUGGCCGAAUCAGCCUGCACCCGCCAUUCCGCCGUGCACGGAAUCAUGCCACCACAGCUCUUAGGAACCAAGUCGAUGCCCCCCUCCGCCACAGCCUGCAGCGUCCACUCCUACACGGCCAUGCUACAGCACGUCGCCAGCUGUCCUGCGCGAAGUCUUCCUCCCGCCUCUGCCCCUCCGACGCCGCCCGCCGCUGCCGGGGGUGCCGUACUCAGCAGGCUCACCGUACAGCGGUGCGCCUCCGAAGGGCUGCUUACACACGCGCCAUCGCAGAGCCUGCCGUGCAGCGGCGGCGUCGGCGGCGCUGGCGUGCCCGGGACACCGUAUCCCCCAUCUGACAUCCUACCACAGUACGGCAGCUGGAAGCCGGUGCCGUCCGACACAGACAUGGAGAGGGUGUGGGGCUCCGGAAUCACCAACUGCCAUCACAACCACCUCAACCUCAGCCACCAACCACAAUCGACUCCCCUGCCACCGCCGCCACAUCCUUCUGGACGAGGUCCGCAGUUCGCCUCAGAUGGUGCUGUGACAUGCGCUGAAAAACCGUCAUUCCCGUCGCCACUGAAAAGGCUGACCUUGCCAACGGAGUCCCAGCUCCGAGGUAAUUGCUCACCGACGUCCGGUGGCCGCAGCCCUAUUGCCAUCCAACGCAAUCCCACCAAGCAUAUUGGACCAGCCUCGAGACCUCACUCGCCAUUCGGCUCGUCGCCCGGCUCAUCGCCCUUCUCAAGCACCUUCGCCGUCGCCACCUCCACGGCCGUUCCCUCCCGCUUGCAAAUCGCGACGGCGGCCCGUAGCCCGGUCCGUAGCGGCAGUGGCGGCGGCGCCGCCGCCGCCACCGCGGCCGCGGCUUUCGGCGGUAGUGGCGCCGAAACCGCCACCACAAGCGGAAUGCCACUGGAUCGCCAGCGGCUGGUUCUAAGUUCCGUCAGUAACCUGGCGCAGCUUCGGGAUACGGUAGCUGAGGAUGGCAGUUUGGCACCAAGAAAUAAGCAGUUUUCUGCGCCACUGUGUUGUGUGUUCCGGCCCCCGCUGUUGCCUGCUCAAGCUGCCAUGCACAACACAAUUCGCCGGUCGGCAACUGGUCGGCAGCUGCGGUUCCUUCCCAUCAUUACCCCGGUUCGAUGGUAUGCACUGGCAGGACAGCGGAAUGGCGAGGGCAGGGGAACGGCGGCGCCACUCAUCAACAGCACCAACAUCAACAGCACCAACAUCAACAGCACCAACAUCAACAGCACCAACAUCAACAGCACCAACAUCAACAGCACCAACAUCAACAGCACCAACAUCAACAGCACCAACAUCAACAGCACCAACAUCAACAGCACCAACAUCAACAGCACCAACAUCAACAGCACCAACAUCAACAGCACCCCCAACAGCACCAUCAACAAGAGCAGCAGCAGCAGCAGCAACAGACGCAGCUACAGGCAGCACACCUCCCAGCAGGUACAUGGCCGGCAUUGUUCUGCGCUCCUAUGGAGCUUACAUCUGCAGCUGAAGGAGGCGGCAGCGGCAGCUUCGAACCGUGUGGCGGCCCGGCGAGACCUUAUCCUGACUGCUAAGCUGUGUGUCUGUGUGCACCAAGCUGGGCUGUUGUUAGGACAGGAGCUGUGGGGAACGGUCGACCUGGGGCGGUAUCACUAG